UUUGUGAUGGGGAGCUAUUCAUCAGACCAUCUUCUUAACAAUCUAAAGAUCGUAGGAAAACCAACUUUGGUUACUCCAGCAGAGGAAACACAAAAUGGUCUAUAUUUUCUUAGCAACCUUGACCAGAUAGUGCCGUUUACAUUCUCGACCGUGUACUACUUCAAGUCUUCGUCAGAAUCACUCGUCGAAACCAUCAAGGAUUCCUUCGCAAAAAUUCUCGUUUACUACCAUCCCUUUGCUGGCCGGUUGAAAAUCAGCGAAGAUGGGAAGCUGGUAAUCAAUUGCACAGGAGAAGGGGGUGUUUUUGUUGAAGCUGAGGUUGACUGUAAUAUGGAUGAGAUUGGAGAUUUUGAAUCAACUAAUACUAAAACUCUUUCGAAGCUUGUUUAUGAUAUUUUCGAUGACGAAGAAAUUGUUUAUGACAUUCGUCAAGCAAAAAGUAUACUCGAUGUUCCUCCUCUUAGUGUGCAGGUAACCAAAUUCAAGUGCGGAGGAUUUGUUUUCGGGCUAAGCGUGAACCAUUGUAUGCUAGAUGGAAUAUCUCUUGUGCAAUUUUUGAACUCAUGGGGUGAAAUUGCCAGGGGCUUACCAUUAACCAUGCAUCCGUUUCUAGACAGAACCUUACUCAAAGCAAGAAACCCGACUAAGGUAGAGUUCACCCAUAAUGAGUACGCAGAGAUUGAAGACAUAUCGAAAGACACGGCUAAUCUUGACAAAGAAGAAGAUCUUUCUUUCAAGUCUUUCAUUUUCGAUCCAGUAAAGCUAAAACAACUGAAAACAAAAGCGAUGGAAGAUGGGGGGGUUCUUCAGACAUGUUCAACAUUCGAAGCACUGACUGCUUAUAUGUGGAGAGCUAGAUGUCAAGCAUUAAAACUCCAUCCAGAUCAAAUAGCGAAGCUAUACUUUGCAGUAGAUGGUAGGGAUAGAAUUGAUCCCCCGUUGCCAAAAGGGUAUUUUGGCAAUGGUGCCAUGUUCAUGAGUACUUUGUGCCCAGCAGGUAAACUACUGGAAAACCCAAUGUCAUUUACUAUUCAGCUAAUUCGAAACUCCAUUAAAUCGGUUACAGAUAGUUACAUAAGAUCUUCCAUUGAUUGCUAUGAGGAAACAAGAACUAGAGCUUCUCUAUCCUCUACGUUUUUGGUAAGUACUUGGUCUAAGCUACCUUUUCAUACUACGGAUUUCGGUUGGGGAGAGCCAUUUUCAUUCGGACCAGUUCCUCUUCCGGGAUUGGACUUGUUCUUACCUCAUGGUGAAGAUAGAAAGAGUAUAAACGUAUUCCUUGGCUUGCCAGCGUCCACAAUGAAAAUCUUCGAAGAACUUAUGCGGACAGAUAUUCAAUCUAUGAAUUGAUUGUUUUUUAUCUCAAUGGAGGUCAAAACCUGUUACUUCUUUCACGUGUUCUAUUUGAUAGUAAAUCUCAUGUCCUCCCCAGAAAAGUUAUCAGUCUCUGCGUGUACAUGGUCCAGCACCAGCAAGCAUAUAUUAUCGUUUUUAAAUAUUUAAAAUAAUGUCGAAUAUUUCUUAUGAUGUGAUCAAGUUCAUGUUGCUGGUGAAAUAUAUAUUGUUUAUUCAGGGUUUGUAAUCAGUCGAGUAUAAUUGCAAAAAUUACAAAAUGUUUUGUUUUUGUUUGUC